GUGGAUGUGUUGAUCUAUCAUCUACUGCUCUCUGCAAUUAUUUAUCAUCCAACUCUAGCACGAUUUUCUCUUCUCGAUUUCUAGAGAGAGAGAGAGAUUGAUUCGAUCUGACGGUAGAAGAUGGGGGAGCGGGAAGGGGGAUGUUGUCCGCCGAUGGAUCUGAUGCGCUCGGAGCCGAUGCAGCUCGUGCAACUCAUCAUCCCCAUCGAGUCUGCUCAUCUCGCCGUGUCCUAUCUCGGCGAUCUCGGUCUUAUUCAAUUCAAAGACCUAAAUGCAGAAAAAAGUCCAUUCCAGAGAACAUAUGCCAUUCAGAUUAAAAGAUCUGGAGAAAUGGCACGUAAAUUAAGAUUUUUCCGCGAACAAAUGUCAAAGGCUGGGUUGGUGGCUCAAGUGAGGUCUUCAGGUGAAGCCAUUGCCAAUAUAGAUGACCUUGAGGUUAAACUUGGAGAUCUUGAGGCUGAGCUAGUUGAGAUAAAUGCAAAUGGUGAAAAGCUACAGCGCUCCUACAAUGAGCUAGCGGAGUACAAGCUUGUUCUGCAAAAAGCUGGUGAAUUCUUUUCCUCUGCCCUUAGCAGUGCCGAGGCUCGUCAAAGGGAAUACUCAUCAAAUCAGGGCGGGGAGGAAUCCUUGGAAAUUCCACUGUUAUCUGAGCAGGAAACAACAGAUUCAUCCAAGCAAGUUCGCCUAGGAUUUAUCACUGGACUUGUUCCCAGGGAAAAGUCUAUGGCAUUCGAGAGGAUUUUGUUCCGGGCUACUAGGGGUAAUGUGUAUCUGAAGCAGGUUGCUGUGGAUGAGCCAGUUGUUGACCCAGUAUCAGGGGAUAAGGUUGAAAAAAAUGUAUUCGCAGUUUUCUUUUCUGGGGAAAGGGCGAAAAACAAAAUCCUGAAAAUAUGUGAGGCAUUUGGAGCAAAUAGAUACUCUUUUAGUGAGGAUGUCAGCAAGCAGGCUCAAUUGAUCACUGAGGUCUCUGGGAGGCUAGCAGAGCUAAAGACUACAAUAGAUGCAGGACUUGUUCAUCGGGGAAACUUACUUCAAACUAUUGGAGAACAGUUCGAGCAGUGGAAUGUCUUGGUGAGGAAGGAAAAAGCCAUCUAUCACACCCUGAAUAUGCUCAGUAUGGAUGUCACCAAGAAAUGCCUGGUAGCAGAAGGAUGGAGUCCUAUUUUUGCAACAAAACAGAUCCAGGAUGCGUUACAUCAGGCAACACAUGAUUGCAAUUCUCAAGUCGAGGCUAUUUUUCAAGUCUUGCAUACACGUGAAAUGCCCCCAACCUAUUUCCGGACAAACAAAUUCACUACAGCUUUCCAAGAGAUAGUUGAUGCUUAUGGAGUGGCCAAGUAUCAGGAAGCAAAUCCUGGUGUAUUCACCAUUGUCACUUUCCCGUUUCUGUUUGCGGUCAUGUUUGGGGACUGGGGCCAUGGUAUAUGCCUUCUACUUGCUACAUUAUUUUUUAUCGUCAGAGAAAAAAAGCUCUCCAGUCAGAAACUUGGGGACAUCAUGGAAAUGGCAUUUGGUGGACGUUACGUAAUUGUGUUGAUGUCGAUAUUCUCAAUUUACACUGGAUUAAUCUAUAACGAGUUUUUCUCCGUGCCAUUUGAAUUAUUUGCUCCGUCGGCGUAUGUAUGUCGCGAUGCAACUUGCAGUGAGGCAUCCACUAUUGGCUUGAUCAAAGGACGAGACACUUAUCCAUUUGGAGUGGAUCCUGCUUGGCAUGGUUCACGCAGUGAGCUUCCAUUCCUGAACUCACUUAAAAUGAAAAUGUCCAUAUUGCUUGGAGUUGCCCAGAUGAACCUGGGAAUAAUAUUGAGCUAUUUUAAUGCCCUCUUCUUCAAGAAUAGCAUAAACACAUGGUUCCAAUUUGUUCCCCAGAUGAUAUUCUUGAAUAGCCUGUUUGGCUAUCUUUCUCUCCUUAUCAUUGUCAAGUGGUGUACUGGAUCCCAAGCUGAUUUAUAUCAUGUGAUGAUCUACAUGUUUCUGAGUCCUACGGAUGACCUCGGUGAAAACCAGCUUUUUCCUGGUCAGAAGACGUUGCAGAUGGUGCUAUUGCUAUUGGCUCUUGUGUCUGUCCCAUGGAUGCUGCUUCCAAAGCCUUUCCUUCUGAAGAUGCAACAUGAGAGGCACCAGGGAGAGGCCUAUGCACCCCUUCCAGGUGCAGAGGAGUCUUUGCAAUCAGGGGCAAACCAUAACGAUGGCCAUGGUCAUGGUCAUGGUCAUGAGGAGUUUGAGUUCAGUGAAGUUUUUGUACAUCAGCUUAUACACACUAUCGAAUUUGUUCUUGGAGCAGUGUCAAAUACAGCUUCCUAUCUUCGUUUGUGGGCACUCAGCCUUGCGCACUCUGAGUUAUCCGUUGUGUUCUAUGAGAAAGUUCUCCUUCUUGCAUGGGGAUAUAACAAUAUAGUCAUCCUUAUAAUCGGCAUUAUUAUCUUUAUUUGUGCCACUGUUGGCGUACUCUUGGUGAUGGAAACUUUGAGUGCCUUCUUGCACGCGCUGAGACUUCACUGGGUGGAGUUCCAAAACAAGUUUUACGAGGGUGACGGUUACAAGUUCUAUCCAUUCUCAUUCUUUGUGCUCGAUACGGAAGAGGAAUGAGAGUGCAUAAAAAGGAAUAAAGAUUUGGUGUUUGAAUUUGCGUGAAUGUUGAUGUUUGUUGGUUCUUUCACCUGGUGUCAUGCAUAGAGAGAGAGAUAGAAGUUGGUAAUACUUUCAGAUUGCCUCCCUACAUGACUUUCUGUCCCUCAUAUUUAUCGUUGAGAGGAAUAAGCAGGCUUAUUUUGUAGCCUGUAUUUACUUAUGAAGAAGAGUAUGGUGUAAUUUUAUCACUACUAAGUAUUAUUUAUUUUAUUUAUUCAGCUUAGCACGAGAAUCUCCAUGUGUAUUGCAGAAUGGAGUAUUAAUGUAUUCCUAUUGAUUGUAUCCUUUAA